AUGGUUUCUGCGCAGCAUGCUUCAUGGAAACUAGAAGAACUGACUCGCUCUGACUUCUGGUUCUCGGAUGGAAAUAUCGUACUCGUGGCUCACCAUGCCGCAUUCAAAGUACAUCGAGGACAGCUCGAACGUCACUCGGAUAUGUUCAAGGAUCUGUUCUCGAUCCCGCAACCACAGCAUCAGGACACCAUUGACGGAUGCCCGUGGGUCGAGCUGCACGAUUCUCCAUCUGAUGUCUUGCAUCUAUUGGGUGCCUUGUAUGACGGACUCUACUUUACCAACUGCGCCGCAAGAAACUUCGCAGCCCUCGCAGGGGUACUCCGGUUAUCUACGAAGUAUCUCAUCGAGCACCUUCGCCUGCGUUGUCUAGCACGUCUUCAUGCCGAGUGGCCAUCAACGCUUCUUGACUGGGACGUGCGAGAAAGGCAAGCCACUGACGCGGCCGGGCGAUACACUCCCCGCGAUCACUUCACGCAUCCAAUCCUCGUGAUACGGCUUGCGCGCGAACUUGAUCUUGACGAGCUGCUUCCAUCUGCUAUGUACGAUCUAUCUCGCUAUGGUCCGCGCAAGAUCGUCUCUGGUACUAUUGUCCACCCACCAGCGUUGCCAUCAUCCGCCCCUCACCACAAUUCCCCGGAUGUUGACGGAGAUGGGUCCGAACGUAUCUGCCUCGCAAGGGACGAUCUGCACACCAUCUUCCUCGGACGCGAAGCUGGCCAGCGCUAUCUCGCCAGCUUCAUCGACAAGGAGCUCAGCAACCGGCAAGUCUCCGCCAACUGCGCACACAAAAGCCAAGACAAUGCACGCGCGUGCCGCGAGUCAUUCUACUUCAUCAUGCUGAAUCUCCUGCGCUCGGUCGGCGGCAUCGCGUGCGGCCGCGAUGCGGACCCGCUUUUCACGUUCAUGCAGGCCGUCGCGAUGCUCUCUCGCACGGACUUCUCGGAUGGCGUCAAGCAAUGCGGGCUGAAGCUGUGCGCAUCCUGCAAGACGGACUUCGGACAGUCUGUUGCGAAGGCACGAGAAGACGUCUGGUCCCUCAUACCUCAGUGGUUUGGGUUAACGACUUCACCGCAUCCUGCUGAUUUGUAG